AUGAAAUUUGAAUUCUCACAUGCUAUCAAACGGGGAUCAUUGUCACAAUUUGAUCACCACAAUUCCGGACAGCCAUGGAGCGCCCAGGUAGACAAAGAAUAUCAAGAUGAUGCAGUGUGGAUUAUUUCGAGCAGUUUCCUUAUUUUUACAAUGCAUUCGGGUUUUGGGCUCCUGGAAUCGGGUAACGUGUCGGCGAAAGACGAGGUUAAUAUAAUGGUGAAAAACGUGGUGGAUGUUGUGUGCGGUGGAUUGGCCUAUUGGGCGGUAGGGUUUGGGUUGAGUUUUGGGAGUGGUGGUUGGUGGGACAAUCCAAUUAUUGGCUUCGGCCAAUUUUUCUAUGACCCAGCAAAUUUGAAUGCGCCAAUAGAUGAUGAAGCGUGGGCUUAUGCGGUGUUUUUGUUUCAAAUGAGUUUAGCGACUACUGCCUCGACCAUAGUAUCCGGAGCCGUUGCUGAGCGAGCAAAGCUGAAGUCCUAUAUUUUGCUGGGAAUCUUAGUAACCCUAGCCCAAGCCCUACCAGCACAUUGGGUUUGGGACAAACGCGGGUUCUUCAAUAUGCUUGGUGUUGUCGAUUAUGCUGGAUGCUCUUGCAAUCACCUGGUUGGCGGGAUCAUUGGCUUGGUGGCUACAGUCUACCUGAAGCCAAGAAGAAACCGUUUUAUUGAGGAUUCAGUGCAUCAGAUGAGUAGCCCUGGGAAUGCGUUACUUGGGACCUUCCUACUGUGGUGGGGCUGGUUUGGGAUUAAUACCGGCUGCGUUUGGGGUGUUUCGGAGGGCAGGUGGAGAUUAGGCGGGAGGGCUGCUGUCGCGUCGAUAAUGACCUCAAUUGGAGGCGGUGCGAUAGCUACGGUAAUAUCCUAUAUACACUCCGACAAGCUUCGAGUGCAAUAUUUGAUCAAUGGAGUGUUGUCAUCAUUGGUUUCAAUCACAGCAUUCGCCCCCAUAGCUCAACCUUGGCAUGCAGUUAUAGUCGGAUCAAUAUCGGCCAGCCUUUCAAUUGCGAUACUACCAGUGCUGGAAAGAUUCCACGUUGAUGACCCAGUCGGAGUUGUCCCAAUCCAUCUUGUUAGCUCGAUUUGGGGUAUGCUGGCAGUCGGCAUCUUUGCAAAAAGAGAUCAUUAUGUGGCUGAGGGCCUCCUAUAUGAUGGUUUGCUUUAUGGUGGUGGUGUCAAGUUGCUAGCGAUCCAGACGUGCUGUGUUUUGGUUAUUAUUGGAUAUUGUACAGUUGCUGGUUACUUCAUCUUAGCGUGCAUUGAAAACAGCCCGUUGGGCCUCCGUGUAUCAGAUUAUGAAGAAGAGCUUGGCGCCGAUGCCACGGAACACGGACUUACCGGAGCUAAUAUCAGCCGUUAUGUGGUUGAAAAGCCACUGAACGUUCGAACAUUAAGUACCGUUACGAAAGCUGUCGCCAGAUGGAAGACACAGACAAGACAGCAAAGCCGGGCUACUAGAAUGAUGAAUCUGAAGAAAUUACAUGAAAAACGUCUGGCCCUUGGAUCACCAGCAAAUUCCGACUCCAGAAGAACACCAAGACCUUCUGGUUCCUCACAAAGCCCAAAUGCCCCUUCUACAAGUCAAGCACCCCCUACAAUUGACGCCAAGGUCAAAGGCGCAGAA